UCCCCCUGCUUCCUCCCUCCGAGACCGCCCCACGGAGGAGCCGCCGCCUCUCCGGGCCCUGCGCGCAGGAGAGCGCCCGGGCGACGCUUGCAGCCUUUGCGCUUCCAGUCCGGCUGCUCCAGGUGCUUCUUCCGCCUUCACCUGCGUGCCUGGCCAGCUAGCCCUUUGCAGGAGCGCCUCUCCAAGCCCAGCUAGCAAAUCAGAAGGAAGGAGUGGCGGAGAGAAGGAAAAGAAAAGAGAAAGCGAGCGUAAAGUUCAGCUCCUCGCUUCCUGCCGGAUCCGAAUUCUUGGGGAUUUGAAGGUGUGUGUUGAAUUUAUAUAUGCUGUUCCUGCUCGUGGAAGACAUUUCAUUCUGUCCAGGGGGCUUAAAGAAGCAUUUUGUCUCACUUCUGAAUAUGUGUGGAUAGCCCUGUAUGCUGUUUUGGAGCUCGGAAAGUGAGGAAUGAAGUUGCCAGUAUGUCAUUCAGGGACGUUGAUGUGGAUAUAAAAGAAUUCCUAGUGAGCAUCAACCUGGGGCAAUACUUUCAGAACUUCCAAGACUUCGGCUAUAAUGCUUUGCGAGACUGCGUGGGGAUAAACAACAGUGUGCUUCAACAAAUUGGAAUAACUCCUACUGGGCACCGCAGAAGGAUUCUCAAGCAGUUGGAGGUCAUGUUUGCAAAAAUGCUUGAAAAAUCUUUGCCUGUUGAAAGCCAGAAAACUGAUGAUGCCGAAGAGUUGGGAAAUAGCUGUUCGCAGUCAUUUUGCUGCAGUUCCAGCACACACAUCCUAAAUCCAAACGGCGGUGAAACAAGCUGGAUACCCAGUGAAUGGGCAGAUAAAGCUUGUGGCAGUAAUUACACGUAUGAAGAUAAUAGCAAACUUUCAGACCAUGAGUCAUUAGAAGUCAAAGACAACGUGUCUUCGGGUUUGGAUUCUCCUAGCUCAUCCUGUCAGGACUUGAAAUGCUCAACAGAUGUUGCCUCUGUUCCGAGGAAUGCAGUGAAAAAUGUGAUGUCCAAAAAGAUACCCCUUUCACUCAGCGAAAAAGUGCACUCAGAAGCCAUCGAUUUUCAGCCAGGUAACACACCGGAAGAAACAUCAUUUCUGUCCUCUGGUUUUUCUUCAUCUGAAAUGAAGUCUGGCAGAGAUGAGCGCUUGAAGUCUUCGGAGCCGGAAAGCUUGUCCGAUACUCCACCAGACUCCCCGCUCUUUGAGUUUAAAGGCGAAAUGGUAGAGAACGAUUUGUACCGCACUUGUACUCAGAGUACAAAGGGAACUCCUAGGCCAACGCGCUCCUUCAUGCUCAGGCACCGUCCUGUUCCCAAAAUACCUGGCUCUUCCUCAGCGGUGAAGGCUUUGAUGAGCUCCCUUCAGGAAAGAAGAAACGUGAAUGGUUUAAGUAUCCUUUGUUCCGAGAUCCAUAUUUCACAAAGAAGAGACUCUGAGGAAGAAAAGCCACCUCCCAUCUCUCCAUAUGGGGAAACCUUCCUUGUCAGCUGCCCAGAAGACACAGAAAACUAUGUCAAAGAACUUUCAAGCACACCGGAAGAGAACAGAGACGACGAAAACACUCUCGGGGAGAGCCUUCUGAACAAAACACGUACUCUUAAUAAUCAGAAGCAGAAAACCGCUGAAGAUGUGGCGAACAAUGAAUUAGUAACCCAGGAGGAUACGUUUGUACCGCCAAACAGAUUUGCUGGGGAAUCAGAAUACUCUUCAGUGAAAGAAUAUGCUCAAUAUACACGGAAAGGAAAAUAUAAAACAUCAAAAAGGUUCAGACGUGGGAAGCUUGACCUCAGUGCUAAGGAGCAGACAUAUUCUUCCCACCAUGAUGAAUUGGCCAGUAGCCCCAGAGACUCAAUAUCACCCUAUGCUUGCUUUUAUGGUCCUUCAGGAAAGAAGGCUAAAGAAGGAUGGCUGGAUAAGUUGUCUCCUCAGGGAAAACAUGUGUUUCAGAAGCGCUGGGUAAAAUUUGACGGUGAAAGCAUUUCUUAUUACAAUAAUGACAAGGAAGUGUACUCUAAGGGAAUAAUCCUCCUCUCUGCUAUGUCUACAGUCAGAGCCCAUGGGGACAACAAACUUGAAGUUGUUACAGCGCACAGGGUAUUUGUCUUCAGGGCUGAAAAGGAAGAUGAAAGAAAUGACUGGAUUGCUACAAUACUCAGAGCUAUGCAGUCGCAACCUGAAAUCUCUCGAGUGAGAACCGCUGUCCCUCCUGAGAAAAGCGGGUAUCUGGAACUGAAAGGAUACAAAGCCAAAAUCUUCACCUUGCUGCAAGGAAACAAUGUGUGGAUCUGCAAAAACGAUCAGGAUUUUAAACUUGGAUAUGGCAUCACUAUAAUCCCCAUGAACGUAGCCAAUGUGAGACAGGUAGACCGCACAGCCAAACAAUCUUUUGAAAUAAUCACACCUUACAAGAGCUUUAGCUUUACGGCAGAGUCUGAAAAAGAGAAGCAGGAGUGGAUCGAAGCACUACAGCAGUCUAUUGCAGAAACUCUCUCGGACUAUGAAGUAGCUGAGAAGAUCUGGUUCAAUGACUCAAACAGGUCCUGUGCUGACUGCAAGGAACCGGAUCCUGACUGGGCAUCCAUCAAUCUCUGUGUUGUCAUUUGUAAGAAGUGUGCAGGGCAACACAGAUCCUUAGGACCCAGAGAUUCGAAGGUCCGAAGCCUCAAAAUGGAUGCCAGCAUUUGGAGUAAUGAACUCAUUGAGCUUUUUAUUGUGAUAGGGAAUAAGAGGGCAAAUAGCUUUUGGGAAGGAAACAUUCAGCCCGAUGAGGAGUUGCGUAUGGAUGCCCCAACAGACCGGAGGUUAACUUUUAUUACACAGAAAUAUAAAGAGGGAAGAUUCAGAAAAAGCACUUUGCUGUACAAAACCAAAGAAGAAUUAAACCAGGCCCUGUGUGCUGCGGUAGUUAAGCAGGACGUAUUGGAAACAAUGAUGUUGUUGUUUAGCGGAGCAGAUGUGAUGUGCGCUACCGGAGAUCCUGUCUACAGUACCCCAUACUUGUUAGCCAAGAAAUCCGGACAAAGGCUGCAGAUGGAAUUCCUCCACCACAAUAAGUUUUCAGAUUUCCCUAACUAUGAAGUUCAUUCAGACAAUGUUUCCUGUCGAGAUUCUUCUUCCUUCCUUUGCGACUAUUUAUACAAGGUUUCCUUCAAUGCUACAAAGCCGUUUACAGAGAAGAAACUAAAAGAAGAAUGCAAUAAGAGAUGGUGUGCUUUGGAAAGUCGCUAUUUGAGCUACUAUGAAAAUGAGAAGACUGCCUCCCCCAAUGGGAUGAUUGACCUUAAUGAAGUCAUCUGCCUUGUCAUUCACAAAGCAAACUCCUUUUCACACAUGGGAGCUACAUUUGCCUUUGAAAUCUACUUACUGUCAGAACGUGUGUUUCUCUUCUGUGCUGAAGCUGCGCAUACUCAAAGAAAAUGGACUCAGGCAAUUGCUAAGCACUUUGUACCCAUCAUUGGCAAAUGUCUUUUGGAAAGGGACUACGAUCUGAUUGGCCAGCUGUACUACAAAGACUGCCAGAACCUUGAUAACUGGAAGAAAGGCUGGUUUGCCGUAGAGAAGUCAAGCCUGUAUUUUUGCCUGGAACCGGAAAACUCUCAGGAGGAUUCCAUGUAUCUACGGAGGCUCCAGGAGUUAACAAUCAGCAGCAUAAUCCAAAACGGAGAAAAAAUAGAUGUCCUGCUUUUGGUUGAGAAAGGAAGAACAUUAUACAUCCACGGCCACACAAAGUUGGAUUUCACAGUCUGGCACAGCGCAAUUGAAAAAGCAGCAGGUACAGAUGGCAACGUGUUAGAAGAUCAGCAGCUCAGCAGAAAUGACGUCCCGAUUAUAGUGAACAGCUGUAUUGCAUUUGUUACGCAGUAUGGUCUGGGUAGCAAACACAUCUACCUGAAAGGAGGGGAUCCUUCUCGUGUGAAUGAACUUCUGGAGUGCUUCAAAAAAGAUGCGAGAAGUGUUAAGCUGAGGGCUGGGACAAAUCAGCUGGAAGAUGUCACUGAUGCGCUGAAAUGCUUUCUGUCCGAAAUAGAUGAUGCACUGCUUACCAAAGAACUCUAUCCAUUUUGGAUUUCUGCAUUAGAUACACUGGAUGAGAAAAAGAGAGUGAAAAAGUACAGCACUUUUAUUCGAACACUUCCACCAGUCAAUAGGGCGACGUUGGCAGCUUUAAUGGAGCACCUUUACAGGGUACAAAAGUGUUCGGAAAUCAAUCACAUGGAUCCUCACAAUCUAGCCAUGGUGUUUUCGUCGUGCUUGUUUCAGACCAAAGGGCAAACCAGCGAAGAAGUCGAUGUGAUCGAAGACCUGAUUAUAAAUUAUGUGCAUCUCUUUGAUGUGCAUGAAGAUCAGGUGAAACAAAUGGAUAUUGAAAAUAGCUUUAUUACCAAAUGGAAGGAUACUCAGGUUUCCCAGGCAGGAGACAUGCUAAUUGAAGUUUAUGUGGAAAGAAAGGAGCCAGACUGCAGCAUUAUAAUACGGGUAUCGCCAAUAAUGGAAGCCGAAGAAUUGACAAAUGACAUAUUGGGAAUAAAAAACAUCACACCCCAUAAAGAUGAUAUGUGGGCUACAUUUGAAGUGAUUGAAAGUGGAGAGCUAGAACGACCUUUGCAUUAUACUGAGAAUGUUCUAGAGCAAAUUCUCCAUUGGAGUUAUUUGCCUAACCCCAGCAGUGCAUAUCUUGUCGUAAAGAAGUUUCUGACAGCAGACACAAUGAAGCUAUACAACGAAAAGAAGGCAGAAGGCACCGUAAAAGCCAGCUAUCUGAAAUACAAAGAGGAACCAUCCAAAUUACUGUCUGGAAAUAAGUUUCAGGAGCGUUAUUUUGUUUUGCGGGAAGGAAAUCUUUUCCUUUACAAGGAUAUGAAGAGCAGCAAGCCUGAGAAAGUGCUGCCGGUGAAAUCACUGAAACUGUAUCUUGGAGUGAAGAAGAAACUGAAGCCCCCAACAAAUUGGGGUCUUACAUUGUAUUCUGAAAAACAUCACUGGCAUUUGUGUUGUGAUGGACAGGAUUCCCAAUUGGAUUGGCUAAGCAGCAUUUUUAUUGCACAGCACAGUGAUAUCUGGCCACCAGAUGGGAAGACAAGAAAGCAGUCUGUUACUAAAAAUCCAAAAAUUGGUGGCUUGCCUUUAAUACCAAUCCAACAAGAAAGAAGUGUGCCCAAAACCAAAGUCAACGCAUCAGAGAAUUCAAAACUGGAAUUUGAAAGCGACUUAACCGAAGACAGGAAAGGUUUAAAACAAAAAGUGACGAUGGUAGCUCAGUGUUUGGAGCGCAAGGAGGAAAAAGCCCGAACCCGUGCGAGAAAACACCGGAGCCUCAUCUGUUUGGAUGACAUGGGGGCAGAUGUUCUUGACUUACCCCAAAGACCCUACAAGGAAUGCAAGUCACCAAAGAAAAAUGAGAUCAAGACUAGCCAAACCCAUCAGGAAUCUGAUAAGCAGCUUCCAGCAAAUGUUAUUCAGGAACUCAACAGUGUCCUGCAGAGGCACAGAAUUGUCCAUGAAAACACUUAGAAUCAGUUCUUCAGAUUUGCACAUCAGAGACUAAAAUAUUCUAGGAAACACAAUAUGUUGUCCGUGUACAGUGUGCAGACUUAUGAAAUGUAUUUAUAGAUGAUCUAAGAGAAAGUGGGUGUUGACUACCAAUCCGUGGGCCUUGACUGUGUGGUGUCACGAAUGAACAACUCAUCUUUAUAUUGCAACUACAUGGCUAUCUUCGUUGUAUGGUGUAUAGAGCUUCCUAAAGCAUGGAGCGUUCUUUUAAAAAGCUUUGAGGAGUUUGAAAUGCAAUUUGUCAAUUCAAGGAAACUACACGAUGACCUAGAAACCUAUCAAUGGCAUAGGUUGCAUACUUGCCCAUAGGCAAGGCUGAGAACACCAGAGUGCAGAAUUUUCACUAAGAGCCAAGUUGCAUGACUUUAAGCAUUAAGCUUUCCCCUGAGUUCAUGUUUUCUUUCUUUGAGAAAUGGGAGCUUCCUCCCAUCUACACAUUGGGAGGUGUGUGAGGAACUGAUCUAGAUAGCAGGAGGGAGAGAUGGCUAAAUUCCUCUAUCAUUGCAAACCAAGUUCCCAAUCAGAAUUUUGCCACUCAACUCAUUGGCAGUUUCUGAAAGAAAAAUCACACACUGAGGGCCAAACCAUGUAGUUUGGUCCUAAUGCAGAAGUCAUUGAUUUUGUACUAUUUCCACUAGUGCUAGUUUUCCAGGAGCAGAGAAUUUAUUUUAUUUUACUUUUUAAACAAACAAUAGCAUUAAAAUCCUCCCGCAUCUGCAGUCUGAAUUGUAACAGUCCAGUCCAUCAUAUUUGGCUACAACAAUCUCAUUCUCACCUCACAUUCUGCCGUAUGCGCAGAUCAGACCAGUAUUUUGACGAGGAUACUAUAGUCACCUUACCCAAACUCUUGAAUGUAAUAUACUGCAUCAUUGUUUUUUUAAAAAGUGGAUUUAUACCUAUUUAUGUACAACUUGCUGCUGCUAAGAUACUGAAGAAUAAAGUGAUACUGGCCAUCAUUUAUCA